GGUGAAGCAGCCGUGAUGCCGUGCUCGUGUGCGGAGUGGAGGAAGUGGAUCCGCCCGCUGGUUCUGGUCCUCUACGCUCUCCUGCUGGUGGCCGUGCUGCCACUCUGCAUCUGGGAACUGCAGAAAGACAAGGUUGGGACUCACAGCAAAGCCUGGUUCAUCGCCGGCGUGUUCGUUUUUCUGACCAUCCCAGUUUCACUGUGGGGGAUUCUGCAGCACAUGGUGCACUACACCCAGCCUGAGCUGCAGAAACCGAUCAUCAGGAUACUAUGGAUGGUGCCGAUCUACAGUUUGGACAGUUGGCUGGCUCUGCGAUAUCCCAGCCUGGCCAUCUACGUGGACACGUGCAGGGAGUGCUACGAGGCCUACGUCAUCUACAACUUCCUCGUGUUCCUGCUGAACUUCCUCAGUAACCAGUACCCCAGCCUGGUGCUGAUGCUGGAGGUGCAGCAGCAGCAGCCGCACCUGCCCCCGCUCUGCUGCUGCCCGCCGUGGCCCAUGGGGGAGGUGCUGCUGUUCAGGUGCAAGCUGGGAGUCCUGCAGUACACGGUGGUCAGACCCGUAACCACGGUGAUAGCGCUCAUCUGUCAGCUGUGCGGGGUUUAUGAUGAAGCCAACUUCAGCUUCAGAAACGCCUGGUCCUACCUGGUCAUAAUCAACAACAUAUCUCAGCUGUUUGCCAUGUACUGUCUGGUGUUGCUGUACCGAGCUCUUAAAGAGGAGCUGACUCCCAUCAGGCCUGUGGGCAAGUUCCUCUGCGUCAAACUCGUGGUCUUCGUCUCCUUCUGGCAGGCUGUUUUAAUCGCGUUCCUGGUGAAGGUAGGCGCGAUCUCCGACAAACACACCUGGGACUGGGACAGUGUGGAGGCCGUGGCCACUGGACUGCAGGACUUCAUCAUCUGCAUUGAGAUGUUCCUGGCUGCCAUUGCUCAUCACUACACCUUCACCUACAAGCCCUACGUACAGGAAGCAGAGGAGGGGUCAUGUUUCGACAGUUUUCUGGCCAUGUGGGAUUUCUCAGAUAUUAGAGCCGAUGUCACAGAGCAGGUCCGCCAUGUUGGUCGUACCUUCCUGGGUCGCCCCAACAAGAUGUAUUUCGGCUCAGCAACUCGACCUGAACACACCGAACACACCGGCCUCCUCACUGCGACCUCCCAGGACCCUGUCGCAGCGGCAGCCACAUCGAUGCCCUCCUCCCCUUCUUCCAGUGGACGGUACCAAGGCCUAGGCCACACCCACGCCCCCCACUCCAUCUCAGCUCCUGCAGGAUUCACCUCCUCGUCCUGGGAGGACGACAGCGACAGCUCCCCUCCACAGGCAGGCGGGGUCCAAUAACAGGGCGACAUCACAGCAAACACGCAUCCAGGGGUGGGACUGCACGACACGAUUCUGUAUUAAAACCAAAAAAAUAAAGUCGUGUCCACAUUUAUGAGAAAGAAGCUAAUUUAUUGAGACUAGGCAGAGAAAGAGUCUGCACUCUGUGACGUCAGAAGCCAUGUUUGUUGAGAAACUUUGGUAAUAUUUUAAAAUAAUAACCGAGUUUUAAAUGUUUGAAAUCUGUAUUUUGAUGUCAGAUUGAUGUCAUUUUGAUAAAUGUGCCUGUAGCUGUUGAAAGGAAGGGAUAUUUGAUGGCUUCAUCAGAAGAGCAGCAAGCUGUUGUCUUGGUUUUUCACUCCUAUGGUGCUGAAGUGUCAUUGAUCCAUGUUUCAUUAUUUGUUUUAAUUCACAAUAAAUUAAUAUUUCAAACUCUU